GUACUCGUCGGUUUUCGCAAGUUCAAAGAUAACUGAUAAGAAGUCCGUCCCGAUAAGUGUCUGAGCCUGACCUAUGGUUGCCACUCGGUAUUCUACAUUCGUCCAAGCCGUCGAUCUGUCUUAUACUUCUUGAAUACAUCCACAUAUUCGUGCGACAAUAAUGUUUAAAACAAUAAAAAAAUAGUUAAAACUGGACAACGUUCUUACCAGAAGACCAUAACGGUCGCAAUAAUAAUUAUAUUCAACGGACUUGGACGAUUAUCUAUCUGUUAACAUUUUUUUAUUGCUCACCAAGUUAUUUUUCAUUUGCAAUCGGUUUUAAUCUCAAAAAACGAAAUGAUAAACAAAGGAGUCUUGAGACAAUUUUUGGCUGCAACUGCAGGGUCACUGUCCAUAAUGAACGUGGGCAUCAUACUCGGCUGGACGUCACCAAUCAUGGAGGAACUACUGGGACCAGACAGCCCGAUCCCGAUGACGGUGGACGAGAGCUCUUGGUUCGUGUCAGUCAUAGAUUGGGGCCUGAUUUUGGGGUCGUUGCCGUUCGGCGUGCUGGCCGACCGGUGGGGCCGCAAGCCCAGUCUGCAGAUCAUCGGGCCAAUGGCGCUGAUCAUGUGGAUGGCCCUGCUAUACGUCGACACAUUUCAGGGGCUGUUGGCCGUGCGAUUCGCGCAGGGCUUACUCGCGGCCGGUGCGUACACGGUGCUGCCGGUGUACGCUGGCGAGAUCGCCGGUCCAAAGAUCAGGGGCGCCCUGGGGACGAUGUUCCAGAUAAUGAUGUACGUGGGCAUACUGUACGUGUACGCGGCCGGCAUGUACCUGGACUACAGGCGGCUCACUUACGCCGCGAUGGCGGGCCCCGUGGUGUUCUGCGCACUGUUCGCUGCCAUACCCGAGUCCCCGCACUUUUACGUGAUGAAGAACCGGCUGGCGGACGCCAAACGGGCGUUAGUCUGGCUGCGCGGCGACGAUAAGGGCAGUACAGUGGAUGACGAGAUGGACGCCGUGGUCGAGUGUAUAUGCAAGGAAAUGCGUAACGCAUCCUUCACCGAACUGUUCACCGACUGGGUGAGCCUCAAGGCACUCAUCAUCGUGCAGGGCCUGUCCGUGUUCCGGGUGAUGGCAGGCGUCACUGCUCUCAUAUCGUACGCGUCCAUCACGUUCGCCGAGAUGCACGUGGCCGUCGACGCCAACAAGCUGUCGCUGGUGUUCGCGUGCUCGGUGCUGUUUUCGGCGCUGCCGUCCACCGUGCUCGCCGACCGGGUGGGACGCCGGCCGCUAAUGAUCGUGUCGUGCGCUUCGUGUUUCGCGUUCGACACGGCCAUAUUCGCGUACUUUUACGUGGACAGGUGCACCACGUACGACGUCACCGAUUACGGGUGGCUGUGCGUGUUGGCCGUAGGCGGGCUGUCCGUCGCGCACACGCUCGGCCUAGGAUCGCUGCUGUCCACCAUCAACUGCGAGCUGUUCCCGUCCAACACCCGGUCCAUAGCCAACGCGGUCAACACUAUCACGCUGACCGUCGCGUCGUUCCUGGCCCUCAAGAUUUACCCCGUGCUGGCCGACGACGGCGGCAUGUACCGCAACUAUCUGAUAUCGUCGCUGUUCAGCCUCACGUCCAUAGUCAGCUGCUUCUUGUGGCUUCCCGAGACCAAGGGCAAGACGUUUGCCGCCAUACAGGCUCAGCUCCGGAAGACGGACGAUUUGGUCUAAACGUCCGCACACGAUCGAGUUGUUCGACCACUGCCGGUGAUGAAGGGUAGUGGAGGUGGAUGUGGGUGAGUGGUGACCAGUCGGUUUGUACGAGUAUACGAUUCGAUCACCCGCACAAUUUUCACUCGAGUCGAAUGUGUAGAACGUUAUGCAUACCUACAUAGCACAAUAUAAUAUAAUAGUCAUGGCGGGACGAUCUGCCGAAAGAGAAGAACUCACUUUGAGUUUCUAUUUUUUUGCUAAGGCCUCGGCGGGAACAUCUGCCCGAAAAUACUGCAGCGGUCGCCGUUUGUUAGAAAUAUCGUUUAUUUGUCGCACUAAAACUCAAUGGAUAAGAGGGAUUUUUUAUUGAAGCACUAUCGAUUUUGGUGCCAACAGAGUAUUCUAAUUUUCAAAAAGUCAACAUAAUUUGUAUAUAAUUUUUUUUUUUU